AUGAAGGUAUACUGGUCUGUGCCAGCAAAUGAUGCAAUCAUGCGCUCUACUUUAAACGGGACCGAUCUGGAGAUGUAUCGCAGCGGACUGACAAAUCCAUACGGAGUUGUUGCGGACAAGCCUACAGCGACGAUCUACUGGUCUGCGCAGCAGGCGAUUCAGCGUGCUUGGCUUCCAGACACCAGCGGUGCUGUUGAGGACUGGGUGAAUGCCUCCGCAGGACUUCGUUCGCCAAUGGGCCUAGCGUUGGAUGAAACCAACAGGAUCCUGUACUGGGCUGAUCAGACUUUGGGAAAGAUUCAGCGAAAGCCCUUGGACGGCGGGCCCAUCGAAGAUGUGGCAGUUGCUAUCGAAGAGCCCAGCGGCGUAGCUGUGGAUGUGGCGGGCGGACAGGUCUACUUCUUAAGCUUCGAUCUUGGAAUUGUCUAUGGCCGUGACAUUGACUUGUCUGCGGACAAAUACCAGGUGGCGACUACAUUUUCGCCGUAUGGUCUUGUCGUGGAUGCAACAGACCAGCAGCCUGGCUAUACUGGUCCAGCCGGUCUGACAACAACAUUCAGCGCUGGUUGGGACAUAGGUUACUUUGGCCAAGCUCCGGAGAUCUUCCUGUCCGGCUGGGAGCCCUGGAGUGCUCGAGUGCGCAGAUAUGCGCAGAUGUGCGUCCUGGGGAUCAUUUGCAAUACGUGGAAAGAUCGACUAAGAAGCUGCUGGCUCAAAGAUCGGCCUGGCUUCAGUGGUGCGCAAGCAAAGGACAUCUUCAAGAUGAGUGCGGAUGCCGUGAAGUACGACUCAUCCCGCGGCAUAUACCCGGAGUGUAUUGUCUGGACAUGGUUACCAGGCUGCACGCAGUGCACUGCAGGACUGGUGGGCCACAUGGGCAUUACCAAUUCCCGCGGAGAGGUGUUCGAAUUUGUUGGGACUGGUGCCGACAAGAACCACGGGCAGCUGGCCUUUGGGCCCAUCAUUCGCUAUGUGCCUUUGCCCCGGAAGUUCAUUCUGAGGGGCACCUGCGACGAGGGCAUUGCGCGAGCUAUUGAGACGUACAAGAAUUUGAGUUGUCAUCCCUUCAACAAUUGUGCUUUGCGUCGUCAUCUUAUCAUCCAAGGGAAGCUGAACUGGGCAGAGCUGCCCGGAGAGGGGCUUCAUCGCGCAAAGUUGGAUGGCACUGGAGAUGUUGAAACCCUCGCGACGCACGGCUACCGUUACAGCUUUGUCAGCAACAAGUGCUACGCCAACCUCCAGUACAACGUCCACCGUUAUCUCAACUACACUCACCUCCAAAACCACAUCAACCACUUCCGGAACAAACUCAACUGCAAGCCAAACUGUGACCUCCACAAGCCAGUUUUCACGGACUACAACUUGGUCCACGUUCACCGGAAACGCCGCGACAACUUCCACAACGUCCACGAGCACUACAAGGUGUUAGAGGAGGAGAGCUUCGUGACCGCUACAGUCGUGGCUGUCACCUCCGGCGUGGUAUCGCUGUCCUUUUUCGUCACAGGAGCUGUCAUCUUGAAAAAGCUUGGAAUGGCGCAACCAGGUGCACAGCUGGGCGCCAGCCUCUGCAAGAGACUGGCGCCUACGGCUAUCAAAGGGUUGUGGCCGGCGCGCAGCUGCUACCGCCGUUUAUGUCGCAAGCGGUCCACUCCGGUGCAGGAAAUAUCAGCCAAAAAGACAGAGCUGGGCCAAGAUCCCGCGGGUGAGAAGACUGAAGAGGCGGAGACGCCAAGAAGCAAGGCUGACUCCGAGGGAGUCAAAGAGAGCAGCUUACGCAGCGUCGCGAAGAGGCCCAGCCAUGGCGACGUUCAGGUGCCAGAGACGCCAGUGGAUGUAGAAGAGCCUCGCUGGUCAACAGACGUUGGGGACGGGUGGCUGCAGGCUCUGCAGGAGUUCUUCACGUCUCCGACAUCUGAUCCCACACCACGCAAGCUGGCUGAGCUCCUUGAGAACUGGCAUCGAAGCGACUUCCAAGUCCCGGGCAGCCGUGAGGAGACGCAGCCACUGCCGGCAUGCGUCAUCGAGACUACGAAGGCGGUGCUGCUAGAUCCAGAAGUGGGAGGCCACUCGGGUGAUGACCUGAACGACACCGAGCUUGAAAAGUUGCAGACUCUGAUUGACCGAGCUUGGCAACAGCACUGCAAAACUGGCGAAACCGGCGAGCUGCCCGAGGCGGAGCAGGAGGUUGUUCGGUGGGCAAGUUCUGAACUGCUACACGAUUUGCGGCAAGUCAUUCACGUUGGGCGCGCCGUUUCUGACGCGGAUGUCCUGCGUGAGCUGGCUCGCGUGCGCGCUGAUUGGCGUACGCGGUCAGUGGCACGCGCGCGCUUUGCCAGAGAUGAGGCAGCAGCCGCGGCCCUUCACAGCAUUGAAAUGGCAGCCAGCAGCGCUGUCAUACGAAAGAGCCUCCACUGCAUUUCCGCAUGCACUUUUCCGGUGGAUGGGUUUUGCUUGAAGUUACCUGGUUCUCAGCUGAGCCUGUUGCAACGCCUGGAGAAGCUCUCCGUCAAUAGCAAGCAGAAAGGCGCCGAGAUGAAGGUGCGGAUAGCGGGUGACGAACUUCUGGCAGAGCUAUCGCAGCUCUUUGAGACACGAAAGGGUUCCCUUUCGACAAAGGUGCUGGACAUCGCGCAAGGCUGGCUGCAACGCCAUGCGGAUGCAGCCGAGACGCCACGGUUGGAGGCCCUGUGGUCCGAAGCGCAAGGCAUCAUUGCACAAUCCCUGGCUUCCUCCAAGUCUUCAGACUUUACCAGGAUCCGUACCUCGAUUGAGGAGGCCCUGCUGAUACAAAAGAUGAGGGCAUACGGCGGUGACGAGUUGCUCAACGACCUGCAGAAGCUCUUCAACGACAGCUGGAGGUAUCCGGAAGCAGACUUGAGACCAGACAUCGCAAGGAUCUGUGAAGGCUGGCAGAUGAAGCAGAUGGAGGCAAAGAGCAUGCCAUCUGGCUCCGAUGGAGCAGAGGUCCUGGAGAAGUUGUCUGCGUUAUUACAACACGUCGUGAACCUGAAUGGUGGCAGUGGGCUCGAUGGUGCAGUGUUGGGAACCAGCGACUUCGCGAGGCUGCGGCCUGCUAUUGAAGAAGCAUGGCGGCAGCAGCUGAAUCCUUUGUUGCAGCCUUCUUUGCAGCCCAGCGUGGCUCAGGCGUAUGGUGGUGACGCUUUGCUGAAUGACCUCCAGACUCUCUUCACGAGCCAGGGGCACCCAGCAGACAGCAAGGUCGAAGUUGCUCGUGUGUGCGAUGCCUGGAAGGCAAGGCAGCUCGAAGCCCAAGGACUCUCUGUCGGCUCAGACACGGCAGUCCUUCUUCAGAAGCUUUCCCGGUCCGUGCAAAGUGUGGUCCAUCGCCACCCCGGCAGACUGGAUGGCGAGAGUUUCAUGGUUUUGCGUCCCCAGAUUGAAGAUGCCUGGCAGCGCCUUCUGCGGAAUGCUCCUGUGGCUUCAACAUUCACGCCAUUGCAGGUUCACCAGCAAAACGUGGUAGAGGCAAAGACGGGUGCUGAGCUGCUGAGUGCUUUGGAGAAGUUGGUUGCUGACUCGUCUGGGCAUUCAUCGGCUGACUUACGACCACAGAUCGCCAAGAUGUGCGAUGCCUGGAAGGUCAGGCAGAUGGAAGCCCGCGGUGCUGCCAUGCGAGAGCUGGCAAGUGCAGCACAGAAGGCGACGCAGAAGGUCUUCCAGGAUUCAAGCAAUCUUCCAGACUGUGAUUCCAAGCUGCGAUACGAGAUCGAACAUGCAUGGUAUGAGCUCUCCGAGACCUGGCAGCACCCAUCCAGCACGGUACAGGCUUGCGGUGGAGAAGUGCUUCUCCGGGACUUGGAGACGCUUCAGGCAGCCAGCGCAGCCAGCAGCGCAGCCAGCAGCGCAGCCAGCGUGUGCGAGACGUGGAAGGCGGUUUGGCAGAUGGAAGUGCAAGCUGCAACAUUGCAACAGUUGGCUGACUCCCUGGAGGUGGUUGUGGGCAAAACUCUGGGCGAGUCGGAUGGUCGCCUGGAUUGGGCUGAUUUUCAAAAGCUCCGUCACCAGAUUGAAGAAGUCUGGCAAAGCCACAUGCACAAUAGUGGCCCGCAGGAGAAAGCUGCAAAGCUGGAUAAGCGGGGAAAAGCUCAGGCCUUGAAGGAUGCAGAUGGGCUGUUGCAAGAUUUGCAAGCGAUGUUCGACGUCGCGUGGUCAAGGUGUUAUGGGGAGGACCUCAGACCAGAAAUGGAGAAUCGAUGUGCCAAGUGGAAGCAGCGCAAGCUCGAAGAGCGUGGAGUUGGCGAGGACUCGGAGUUAUCACGAGUGCUGCAAGGCUUCGUGGAAGUGGUGCGGCAGGUGCUCGUACCCGGGGAAGCGGGUGGCGUUAUACAUGCAGACAUGGCCUUCAGUGAGAAGAUGCAAACGGAAGUCAAGGAGCUUUGGAAGAAGCAGAUCCACCCAGAACAGCCCCGCAGCCGACCUGUUGUCAAGUUGGAUCGUCAAAGCCGCAGCCAGGCUGUGGCCGACGGUCACAAGCUUCUGCGAGAAUUAGAGGACCUGUUCAACGAAAGCUGGGCCCGACCGGGCGCAAACUUGUUGAGCGACGUGGCACUAAACUGCAAGGACUGGAAG